AUGGAAACUAAUAAUACAAUCUGCCUAGCACCGAGCAAGGAGGAAAUUCACGAACAUAUAAGAAAUUUAAAGAACCAUAAGGCACCCGGAGAGGAUGGUAUACCUGGAGAGUUACUAAAAAAUAUGGGAAAUUGCUUGCUUGAAUAUGUGUCCGAGCUAAUAAAAGAAGUUUGGGAAAAAGAAGUGAUUCCGGAGGAAUGGCAAACAGCGUUGAAAUACCCUAUACACAAAAAGGGAGAUAAGCAGUUGUGUGAUAAUUAUAGAGGUAUCGCUCUAUUAAACGUUACCUACAAAGUGCUAUCUAAAUGUAUAUUAAACAGAAUUAAGCCAUGGGCAGAAGAUAUUUUAGGAGACUAUCAAGCGGGUUUUAGACAAAAUAGAUCCACCACGGAUCAGAUAUUUAUUCUGAAACAAAUUUUCCAAAAAAUGUAGGAGUUUAACAGAGAAGUACAUGUACUAUUUAUUGAUUUCAAGAAGGCGUAUGAUUGCAUACAUAGAGGAUCUCUGCUGAAUGUACUAAGACAGUUCAAAUUGCCCCAGAAAUUAAUUAAUCUGAUAAAAGCAAACAUCCUACACACGGAAAUUAAGAUUAAAGUUGGCAAUAUUUUAUCACAAGGGAUAUCAGUAUCGACUGGUUUGAGACAAGGGGAUGCUCUGUCACCCAUACUAUUUAAUAUUGCGUUAGAAAAGGUCAUCAGGGAGAGCCGUAUUGAAGAAAACGGAAUACGUUUGGGAGGUUGCAUAAUAGGAGUAUUGGCCUACGCAGACGACAUAGCUUUACUUGCGGAAAGUAAGGAAAAUCUCAAGGAGCAAGCGGGAAAACUUCUAGAUACGGCAAAAAGAAUAGGUUUAGAAAUAAAUGCUGAGAAAACGGAGUACCUAAUUAUGCAUAGAGGAGAGGUCGCGGAUCAUGUCCACCCUUUUUUAGAAGUUGNAGUACAAGUUUCAGAGAGUGAAAGAAUUCAAAUAUCUGGGAUCAAUUUUGACAGAAAAAAACGAUGAACUUACUGAAAUAAAAGCAAGACUCCAAUCCGGUAAUAAAUGUUUCUACGGACUAAGUAAUGUGUUAAAGGCGAGAACGAUAUCGAAGAACCUCAAAAUACAACUGUAUCGCACCCUCAUCCGUCCAGUGGUAAUGUACGGUUGUGAAGUAUGGACGUUACGGAAAUCAAAUCAAAACAGACUACUGAUAUUUGAAAGAAAAAUAUUAAGAACAAUCUUCGGACCGUGUAUAGACGAUACCACAAGGGAAUGGAGAAUUCGAAAAAACGAGGAACUUAAACAGUUGUACCAAAUUCCCGAUAUAAUUAGAGAAAUUAAAAAAAGGAGAUUCCAAUGGGCAGGACAUGCAUGGAGAAAAGAAGGAACUUUAAUACGAAUGGUUCAAUGUGGGAUUCCCCAAGGAAAGAGACCCUUAGGAAGACCCUGA